AUGGAAAACAAUCAAGCUGCCAACAGCCGCCGCGGGUCUGUCAAGCGGCGAGUUCGUCGUGAUUCAUCAGUCAGCUCAACAAAGUCCCGACGAGGUGAUGGUGAUGAGGAUGUUUAUUCCACCAGCAGCUACUCUGAAUCUGCUGCUUCGUGCGAAGACCUACAAAAUCUGUCGUUAGGCAAUAAUUUCUGCGAAAUCAGUGGAGAUUUUGAUCUAAGCAUUAAUAUGGACAACUGGGCGACGAAUUCUGACGACUUUGCGCCGCCUCCGGUACUCGACAUGGGAUAUGUUCCUGAAUUAUCAAAUUCAGUGCUGGCUUUAAUUAACGACUACUCUGGCAAACAAAUUGAUAUCGAAAGUACACUGACCCAGGAGAGCGCUAACGCAAGCGAGGGGCAUGGGUUACAGUCGACAAACAAUACUGCGCAAGGAAAUGGUUCUGGCAUCCCCACUACAACUCCCUUUGACCAACUACCGAACCCUCCGAUGGCCCAAAUCGACGGCACGAGCCUGUGGGCAAACCAUCCAUUCCCAACAACUGGCAUGGCGUCCGAUGGACCAAAUUUUCAUGAGCUACAACCGGCCAGUUACGGUUACGGUGGAAAUCGUAACGAUCAUUUACUGUAUGUCGAUAAGAUGGAAGGAGAUGUUCCAUUUCCGCCCGUGAGCCAGAGUAACGGCGAUCAGUACAUGAUAUAUUAUGAUGAGGGAGGAUGCUUUGCUCCAUAUCCAGCAAAUGCAUCGAACGCUCCCAUCUACAGUGCUGAUGAUAGCACUGAUAAUGAACAAAUUCGACCUGAGAUAGCUGAACCGGCUGGUCGCAGGCGCCGAGGCCGCCCCGCUGUGUAUGCAAUCGAUCCUCAAAGGUUAACGCCGGCUCAGAAAACGGAAUAUGAUCGCAUCUGGCGAGAUAAGGCAAGCGAUCCAAGCUUUUCCGACAAGCCCGAGGAGGAAAAAAUAAAAAUUGUAAUUGAUCGUAUGCGAAACAACUAUUCGGUUGCCGAGUCGAGGAAGAACAAAGUUCAAUUUCAUGCAAAGGAAAGAGAAUUGCUACAUACGCUGAAGGAACAUAUAUUGAGUGAAAGAUCCCCUGAAUGUGAACUGAGACGUCAAUUGAGGACAAUGAUUCAUGAAUGGGAAGAGGAUAAUUGCCAAGGAAAUAAUCGAGUGAGUCUAUCUAACGGCGGCUCACAAAGAAGGCGUAACAAU